CAGGAACCACAUAUAAACUCGUUUCUGGUUAAUACUUCUGACCAGUCCUCAAUAUUUAAUCACCUGGUAUCUGUGCGAAUACAAUAUUCAGUGGUCCAAAUUUAUUACUAAAGUCAAUUCCGUGAGUAAGUGUUUCCCACCGGAUUGGAUUAAUUUCACACAUCAUAGCACCUCUCUAGAAUUUCACAGAAUUCAUAUCGAAACUACUUAUAAAUGAAUGACCAAAUGACUGUUUGUCAUUACUUAAUGUUUGUGGAAACGAGCAGAUUUCCAUCAUGGUUUUAAUUUUCUGUAGCUGACAUUGAUUCCCGGUAAAACCUUAUUUUGAUUCUUACCGUGAGAAAAGGUUUUCAUCUUAAUCUGAUUUUAGGAAUUUGAAUACUCACGAUUGUUUUGUCUUCAUUAGUUUCUAUGUUAUGAGAUCUAGUGAGAUUUCGCACAAUAGAUGAGCUGUGACCAACAAGAGGAUACGACAGACUUUCUUCCCGUUUCAGACUCAUCGGUUGAAUGUGUCUGCGUCUUAGUGUUGAUAUUCACAUUAAGACUCAAUCUCCUGUACCUUUUCACUUCAAACAUGAGAGCGUUAUUCACUGAGCUACUGAAUCCGGGUAGACAUUGAUUUGUUUGAUGGAUAUGGUGUUUACAACGUUAUUAAUAAAGGUUCUGGUUAUUUCGUUGUUGGCUAUUUAGAAUCGUUCAAACAUCAGUUUAUUCCUUAAACUGUGCUUCAAUUCGAUCUUAUUUACAUUCAAAGAAGGACUAUAGAUGAAAACAAAGUGGACGUGAGUCCCGCCUAUGUUCCUGAUUGUUGCUUACUUAUUCAUGUUCCAUAUAGAUUCACAUUUUUAUCCACUUUCGGAAAUGAAAACGAACUCACUGAGGUGUCAUUGUUAGACUGCUUACUCAAAGGAAGUUUAAAUGGAAUUCUGGAUGUAGUCAUUUGCCGUAGACCGACACGUUCUAAUCAGUAUGUCGAGUUCGAUAGCACAUAUUAUUUAGUGGAGGAAUUUUCAGCGCUUUAAAUUCAUUCAGAAGAAUUACCAAAACUUUUAAAUCAGAAGGCGAAUACAAUGACGAUCUUGGCGCUCAGUAACUUCCUUAUGAAUACUUUUUAAAACGGGGUGAUUUGUUUAAAAAGAAGUAAUGAAAUAUCAUAGGCUGUUACAAUAGUUUUACCUUACUCUGCAGUAGGAUAUAAUUGCAACCAUGUAAGAUAUGGUUGUUUGUAUAUUCUCUGUGGGUAGCAACUCGGGAGUUUCGAUUUUCUACUGAUUGAGACUUUACAAAUAUGUGACUUUCUAAAUUAUGAGUGGAUCAAAGUUCAAAAUUCUGAUCUACUUAUCGGGAAGGUGAAUGCUUAACUAAUAAUCUAUGUAAACGCACGAACACUAUUAGUGGGAGUAGUGCAAUUAACUUUCAUACCUAAUGAGGAAUUUGUAAAUCUAGUCUAGUGCACACAAGCCUAUAUCUAGCUGUGUUCAUCACACUUUUCUUCAUCUCAAUAUUCUGUGUGCUUCAUAUUUUACAGGAUUGUUAAUGACAAUGAUGAUGCAUAAUUCAUACAAGUCAUCAUCUCAGUUCAAAACAUCUCUUGACAACUAUCCAGAAUUACAAACAUAUCAAGCAACGCCUGAAGAAAAAUGCAAGACUAUCGUCAACUCAAUAUUCUAUUUGCUGAUUACAAUUCUGAUUGGAGUACCUUUAUGGUGGAAAACUACUACACCAUAUCACGCUUCAUUGCCUUAUAAUGAGAUUCAAAUAUUAAGCUCGCGUAAAAUUGAGAUAACUGUACCAAUCAAUGUGCUCAAUUUUCAUGCUGAACUUGAUGAUCGAAGUCUACACCAAAUCAGUGAAAUAUUUACCCGUUUUAAUUUGGAGCAGCAAGCAUUUACGGUGACAGAUGGCUCUGAUGAAAUUUUAAUGAAUUAUCAUGUAAAUACCAGACAAAUGAUGAAUCAUUUAGAAAUCCGAACAUAUACAAAGUCGCUUUCAAAUGAUAUUCUUAGCUUUUGGUUAACAUUUGAAAAAAAUUUAAGCUUAUUGAAUGCUUUCGAUAUAAAAGACACUCCGAAGAGCUUUGAAAACGAUCAUCUUAUUGAACAAAGAAGAAACAGCAGUUCAUCUGUUUAUCAUUUUCUAUUAUUACCAAUGGUCAAUAUUGAUAAUUUAUGGUUAGAGGGGAUGAAUUUUAACAAAUCUACUACAUCAAUGAAACCAUUUUCAAUUAUUAGAAAUUUAUUACAUUUGAAUUUAAUCUACAUUUUUAUUCCACCGACAAUUAUGUCAAGUGAAAAUAGUCAACUUCCAGAGGUAUUAGCAUUACAUAUAAAAUAUUUAUUAGAUAAUGUUUUGAUACAAACCAAUCAUCUUAUGAAACUUGUACGAAAAUACGAUAAUCCUGCAAAUUUGUCUCCUGGUCAGUACAAUCAAAUCUCGAAUAUUAUAGAUAAACCAUUGUCUGUAUCUAGUAUGUACGAUGUAACUGUUACAGUGCUUACACUCGAUGAUUCUGUUUCACAAUUAGUAGAAGAAUCUAAUGAAAUAUCGGUUUGGACUAAUGAAAUGUUGAUAAAUCCUAUACCAUGGUUAAAAGCACACGUAGGAUCAGCUUUUAAAAAUUGGUCGCCUUUUGUUCAAGUCGAUUUCUAUUCACAGAGACUUUAUGGAGUUAGUGCUGAACUGUUGAAAAAAAGUCAAUUAAAUAAUUCACACGGAGUUGACUGUCCCUUACCUUUAAGAUUUCAUAUAUCAUCAUAUUCAUCUGUAGUAAUAACCGACUAUGCACUUGUACCUCAAUGGGGUGGUCUACUUUCUAUUGAUGCUUCUGAUUGUAUGACAAGGACUGGAUCAACCAAGAUGAUUGCACAAAAAAUUAUUUAUGUGAUACGUUCAAUAUUAGGUUUUCCACAAAUCAAAGAAAUGUAUUUUGAUCGGGAUGAGGAUAAUAGUCACACCUAUCAUAUUCAGUCUAACAUGGACUUAAAUGGUCAAACAACGAAUUGGGAGCUUAACUUGUGGUUUCUUCGACGAACUAUUGAAUGUCUUACUGAGACUAAACGAACUAUUGAAUCAUUAAUAAACAUACUACAACGCCUUCCAAACAUGAUUAUACGAGAUGAUGUUGCUCAUGAAGUAUAUCAUUCAUGUUCGAAUUGGUCAUUAGCUCUUGAUAAUCUCAAAAAACCAGAUGAAAUAAACAAUUCAGCGUCGUCACACAACGAGAUUAUGUGCUCCUUUGGUGUUACAUUCCAAUAUGCACAUAAUGCUUUAAUUUCUUCAAAUGGCGCGUUUUUCGACCACAGCCUGCUUGGUCUUUUAUAUUUCGAGGAUGACCAAAAAUAUGGUAUUUAUACGCCGCUUUUCGUACCAAUUGGUUUCGCCUUAUUCCUGUCAACGUAUCGAACAUUUAAACUAGUAUUCCGUCACAAAAACUAG